GUGUCUGGGGUCAGACGGGGCGCUUCUGGUGGAGCCACUGCAGCCCUUUUCAGCAAUCACGUGAUGUGUGGGGAUGGGCUCCUGUAGGUGCAGCUGCCCGUGGUGGCAGGAGGCCUGGAAGCCACAGGCAUCCCUGCUGGAUGUGGCGUGGGUCUCAGAGGGACCCUCGCUCCCGCAAAGAACGGGGCCCACGUCCACGUCGUGGAAGAAUGGACAGAGAGAAUAGAAAUAAUAAGAGGCAGGAGCUGGCAUUUAUUAGCCCUUCUUCUGUGCUAGGUCUUGGACUGAGAAGAACUUAACACAUGAGGGGCAGGCACUCUUGUGAGCCCCAUUUUCUAGAAGGGGAAAUGGAGGCUCAGAGAAGGCCGGUGACCUGCCUAAGAUCAUGCCGCAAGCUCAGGUGGCUUUCCUCCAGGGAGAAAGGAAAGGGCAAGAGAAUCUCAAGACAGACCUGGUGCGGCGGAUCAAGAUGUUAGAAUACGCGCUGAAGCAGGAGAGGGCCAAAUAUCAUAAGUUGAAGUUUGGUACAGACCCGAACCAGGGAGAGAAGAAACCAGAACUGUCAGAACAAGUCUCCAAUGGCCCUGUGGAGUCGGUCACCCUGGAGAACAGCCCGCUGGUGUGGAAGGAGGGGCGACAGCUUCUUCGACAGUACCUGGAGGAGGUGGGCUACACGGACACCAUCCUGGACAUGCGGUCCAAGCGUGUUCGAUCCCUGCUGGGACGCUCGUUGGAGCUCAAUGGGGCCGCGGAGCCCAGUGAAGGGGGCCCCAGGGCCACACUAGGCCCUGGGGGGCUCAGCGGUGGGGAGUCGCUUCUGGUGAAACAGAUCGAAGAGCAGAUCAAGAGGAAUGCAGCAGGCAAAGACGGGAAAGAGCGCUUGGGCGGCUCAGUGCUGGAGCAGAUCCCCUUCCUGCAGAACUGUGAGGAUGAAGACAGCGACGAGGACGAUGAGCUGGAUAGUGUGCAGCACAAAAAGCAGCGUGUGAAGCUGCCAGCCAAGGCCCUGGUGCCUGAAAUGGAGGAUGAGGACGAGGAGGACGACUCAGAGGAUGCCAUCAAUGAGUUCGAUUUUCUGGGCUCAGGAGAGGACGGCGAGGGCUCUCCGGACCCCCGGCGAUGCGCUGGAGAGGGGCCCCACCAUGAGCUGGAAAGCCGGCGGGUCAAGCUCCAGGGCAUUUUGGCUGACCUUCGGGAUGUGGACGGGCUGCCCCCCAAAGUGACUGGUCCACCUCCUGGCACACCCCAGCCCCGGCCACACGAAGGUUCCUUUGGCUUCUCCUCAGACGUUUUCAUCAUGGACACUAUCGGGGGCGGGGAGGUGAGCCUGGGGGACUUGGCAGAUCUCACCGUCACCAAUGACAACGACCUCAGCUGUGACCUAUCUGACAGCAAAGAUGCCUUUAAGAAGACCUGGAACCCCAAAUUCACUCUCCGCUCACACUACGAUGGCAUCCGCUCCCUGGCUUUCCACCACAGCCAGUCGGCUUUGCUCACCGCGUCCGAGGACGGCACACUCAAGCUCUGGAACCUGCAGAAGGCCGUCACAGCCAAGAAGAAUGCUGCACUAGAUGUGGAACCUAUCCAUGCCUUCCGGGCUCACAGGGGCCCCGUGUUGGCAGUAGCCAUGGGCAGCAACAGUGAAUACUGUUACAGUGGUGGGGCAGAUGCCCGCAUCCACAGCUGGAAGAUUCCCGACCUCAACAUGGACCCCUACGAUGGCUACGACCCGAGCGUGCUGAGCCACGUCCUGGAGGGCCAUGGGGACGCCGUGUGGGGCCUGGCCUUCAGUCCCACCUCCCAGCGCCUGGCCUCCUGUUCCGCCGACGGCACCAUCCGGAUCUGGGACCCCAGCAGCAGCAGCCCAACCUGCCUCUGUACCUUCCCCGCAGCCAGCGAUCACAGGAUCCCCACCUCAGUGGCCUUCACCAGCACCGAGCCUGCCCACGUCGUGGCCUCCUUCCGCUCUGGCGACACCAUCCUGUAUGACCUGGAAGCUGGCAGUGCCCUCCUCACGCUGGAGUCCCAGGGGAGCAGCGGCCCAACCCAGAUCAACCAGGUGGUGAGUCACCCAAACCAGCCCCUCACCAUCACCGCCCAUGACGACAGAGGCAUCCGCUUCCUGGACAACCGGACAGGGAAAUGCGUGCACUCCAUGGUUGCCCACCUGGACGCGGUUACCUGCCUGGCCGUGGACCCCAAUGGCGUGUUCUUGAUGUCGGGAAGCCACGACUGCUCCCUGCGUCUGUGGAGCCUGGACAACAAGACAUGCGUGCAGGAGAUCACCGCCCACCGCAAGAAGCACGAGGAGGCCAUCCAUGCUGUCGCCUGCCACCCCAGCAAGGCCCUCAUCGCCAGCGCGGGCGCCGAUGCCCUGGCCAAGGUCUUUGUAUGAUGCCCGCCUGGCCCCACCCUGGCCGGGAGCAGGGCUGGGCGGGUGGGACUGAGGUGACUCAGCCUCAGUCUGGGGUCCCAGCCUCAUCCUGCCUGCCUCAAGCCUGGUGGUGCUAAAGGCCCUUUCCCCAGGCGGCCCUCCCCAUGGGCUGCCCUUCCCCGGCACUGGCCUGGGGAUUUGCCGCCUUCAGGAAUCACCAUCCAAGGUGGUCACUGGGAGUUUCAUCUCUGCUCCGACACGCGCUCCGGGCCUCCCGGCUGCCUUCAGAGCAGCACAGCCAGGGCUGGGCAUCCUUGUGGAUCAGCUUUUCCAGGAUGCCAGAAGGUGCCAGGUUCUCUCUUUGAACCCCCAUCCCUCCCCUCCCUCCUUCCGGACCAGGGUGGGAGCUGUGCUGGGAGGAACCCAGGCACCCCUGCUGUGGGUCCGCCGGGCUGCCUUGGAGCCAGCUGGCCCCAGCCUGUCCUCUGUGGGAGUGCUGGGCCUGGGCCACCCCGGGAGCACACCCAGUCCACCACCCUCCCCUCCAGUUCCUGCAACACAGCUCUCCAGACACCCCCCAGCGCCUCCGGGGCCAGUAAAGUGCCUCGGAACAGGCGAUGCCCUUUGGGGAGGCGCCCGCCCCUACCUCCCUCAACGCCCCCCAAGGCAGCGCCCCACCCCCAGCAGGGGUCACCCUUGGGGAGAGGUGGCCUGCCCUUGCCCCCCUCCCUGGGGCAUGGGGGUGGAGUGGGGUCCCCAGGGUCCCCCAUAUCACCCUGUAUAUCUGUAUAAAUAAGUGGGAUUUUAAUGAACCUCCCCCGCCCCCAUGUCGUUAUCACUGUGUGAUAGUCUGUCAGUCUCCUCUCCUGGCCCUCCGCUCUCUCCCUCUAUUUAUUUCACUCUUUUUUUGGGUUCCACCCUGAGCCCUUGGGCCCCCUUCCAGAUUCCUGUUUAUAAGACCUACCCCCUCUUGUCCUGGACUCGUAUGUGAAACUUGCCUCAAUAAACCC